GGCGGGAGCACGGCGUCGAGUGGGUAACCAAACAGCAGCAGGGGAGAAAGCCACCGGCGGAUGCGCAUCGUUCAGCAUGCGGUGACUGAGGCGGAGGCCUGAAGGCGCUGUGGGUCCAUUGGUGGCAGCAGGAGCAGGAAUCCAGCUUAGAUGAAGGAUGAAGAGCCCGGUGCACAGAUGUAGGGAUGUGGAGCAUGGCCGUGGACAGUCUGGGGCCGGGGGAGGAACCAGCUGCCUACAGGAGGAACAGCGCAUCCCCAUCUCCAAAGACGUCAUCACUUCCUCCUCUGCCUCAGCCAUGUGGUUCAUCAGGGAUGCCUGCGGCAUUGUGUGUGCCAUCAUCACCUGGCUGCUGGUCUUGUACGCUGAGUUUGUGGUGUUGUUUGUGAUGCUGUUGCCCUCCAAGAACCUGAUGUACAGUAUUGUGAACGGGACUCUGUUCAACACUCUGGCCUUCCUUGCCCUCGCCUCUCACCUCAGGGCCAUGUGCACUGACCCUGGGGCCGUGCCAAAAGGAAACGCCACUAAGGAAUACAUAGAAAGCCUUCAACUGAAACCAGGACAGGUGGUCUACAAAUGUCCCAAGUGCUGCAGCAUCAAGCCUGACCGAGCACACCACUGCAGUGUUUGCAAACGCUGCAUACGGAAGAUGGACCACCACUGUCCCUGGGUCAACAACUGUGUUGGAGAGAACAACCAAAAGUACUUUGUGCUUUUCACAAUGUACAUUGCACUCACUUCUCUCCACGCUUUGGUCAUGGUGGUCUUCCAUUUCCUCUACUGCUUUGAAGAUGAUUGGACGAAGUGCAGUACCUUCUCUCCUCCAGCAACAGUCAUCCUCCUCAUACUCCUGUGCUUUGAGGGCCUCCUCUUCCUCAUCUUCACCUCUGUGAUGUUCGGCACCCAAGUCCACUCCAUCUGUACCGACGAGACCGGCAUAGAGCAAUUGAAAAAGGAAGAGAGAAGAUGGGCUAAAAAAACUAAGUGGAUGAACAUGAGGGCGGUAUUCGGACACCCUUUCUCCAUAUUGUGGUUUAGCCCCUUCUCCACCCCCGACCACGGGAAGGCUGAGACCUACCAAUAUGUGGUGUGAAGGCUCAGCGCAGGGAGUGAGGCGGUCCGAUCAAAACCAAAGUGGGAAGGCCUGCCCCCCCCCACACACACACACACACACAGCUCAACGCGAUUUACACUGUAUAUCCCACAUUAGCAAUGGACAGCUUUUCAUGUGCUUUUUUUGUGUUGCCAACUAAGUGCACUAUACGUUUUAUUUUUGUGUUGCCUUGAGUGAGUCGAGUUGCAGAGAAAAAGAAACACUUUACAGUCGUGUUUGCAAACACUGUGAUGGAUCUGUUUGUUUCUGACCUGCUUUCUUUCUCCUCUAUCAGAAGCCCCUCUCUCUUCUUACUGUUUCCUUUUUGCUUCUCCCUAAAGGGUUAGUUCAGCUAAAUUAUAAAGAAAAAGCAGGUGUUAUGUAUUUCCUGUAAUUGCCAGCUAAUUUCAUUACAGUGAAAAUAGGAAAUGAUGUAUAAGGUAAACAAAAAUGCUUCAUAAACUGGCGAAGCACUGAGUUUUAGGACAUUUUAAGGACUUUUUUAGGGUAAAACUAGCUGGAAACUGCAGGUCUCCAGAUUAGAUUAAAAUCACACAUCAGGGUUAGAGUUACUGUAAUUCCACAUUAGCUAUUCUGAUGCCAGCAGAGAGCUUGGUGGAUUUUUUUAGAUGAACUGACCCUUUAAAUAUUACUCAAUGUCAAUGUGUUCCAGACAUGGACUGGAUAAAGCUUUUAAAUGGGUCUACUCUAGAAUGGAUUGUCUGAACCAUUCAGUAAUCAGACCCACGCUCAGGCCGACCCUCUGUUAUAGUGCUGUAGAUAGCACAUCAACAUCUUGCCUUCGUUACAGUGGGAGUAAAUUUUUCAUAGUUACUGAAAAAAAUCUCUCAAGAAUCAAAUGCAAAGAAAGUGAAAGCAAAACACAACAAUUCUAAGAAAGAAUUUACAUUAGAAUUACAUAGAGCGCUCCAUUUGGUUCUGAUAAUCGUCACCUUUGUUUCUGGGUUCAGACUUUUCCUCUGUGGUCUUUUUUUCAGCCCCAGUUCUGACACAAAGCUCUCAUGUGGGCUAGUUACAUUUAGAUGAACAUGUCAGUGGACUGAAAGUAAAACUCGAUUAAUUAGAGAGUGGGCUAUCCCUUGGUCUGUCCUAACUGAGAUGUUAUUAUGACUGCUGUUGACAUUAGAAGGUAUUACCACUUGUUAAAUCUGUGCUUCUCUGACUGUUGUCUAAAAGUAGCUGACCAAUGGGGACGCAGCAUUGUAAGCCCAGCCAUGAGAACUUCACAACGGUGGUGCUUUUGUAGUUUCUAUGUAUAUUCUACCUUUGAGUGUUUUUGCUCUUCUCUGAUUCACUUUUUUCAUUCUUGGGAGAUUUUUUUAAAUUUCAUUAUUAGGACAAAAGUUAAUCCCAAGACUUUUGGUCUGUUAUGUUUGUGAUGAGAUUUCUCCUUUUCUUCCCCAUUAGCAGUGACUUUCAGAUUGUCUCAUUCUUACAUUUAGGUUGGAGUUGAAAGCAGUUCCCAUUUUUUAAAACCAGAGCUCUGUUAUCUCAUCAUGUAAAAACCUGUACAUUACACUGCAUUUAACCCUUUGGGUUCUUGUUAAUGUAAGACUACACGAGGCAAGGGAUUGCAGUGGUACCAAAAAGCAGAGCUGAUAGCCUGCUGUGACUAAAGGAUAGCAGAUGUACUGAAUAUUUAAAGUGGGCUUGUUAUGCUCAUUCCCAGCUCUACAGUUCCCUUCUUAGUCUCUAUUUUCUUUAAACUGUGAAUCAUGCAAAGCUAAGCUAGUAAUCUUUAUUUAUCCUGUGAGGGACCUUCGUGCUCAUCUGAAACGAGGUAGUGUAGUUCCCUACCUUUGAGGCAGCCCUUUCUCAAAACCAACUAUAUUCUGAUUGGCUGCCUCUUGUAAAAAGAAUGUUUGAGUUGGAUGGAGCUUCUGUGUCCACAGUCAGAGCCAGAGAUGGCCAUGUUAGAGAGAUCCUCUGUCUUUGACAUCAAACAGAGGAAAGAGUAGAACAAACUGUUUGAAACUGAGUUUAGAGCAGUCUGAAGUCUCACCUCAUUAUUUGAAACUUAUUUAAUAUAAGCAUCCAGCAUAAUAACACAAAGUAUGGCUCAAAAAAGGAAAAGCAAAGCAAAUUAGGUCUGAUUUAGUAGCUGACCCUUGAUCAGCUAUUGAAAGUCAGUUUUUGAGGAUCUCUGUGAUUAAACAACAUAAAAGACCAAAAAGUCACGCUGCAGCCUAAUCAUGUUUUCAGUGAUUUUUAGCACCUACAACAUUGUCCCUGUUUCCUCUCUGAUACAUGCUCAAGAAAAACAAAGCCUCUUGGAGGACAGAAAUGCAUCUUAUUUUUGGCUAAAACAAACCAGGAGGUUUCUGGUUGUUCCAGCAAACAGAACCAGAUUCUCAGUGUUUAAGCCGGCAGUCUGAGUUCUGCUAAAGGAAAAGGAAAGCCUUUCAAUGGUGACUGAUGUCGACCUCAGCCUGUCUUUAAGCAGGAAAAACAUGUGGGUUAGAAGAUGCUGACAGCCUGUCAACAGCCACAUAUGUUCAUUCUGGUUUUUGUUUUUUAUGUUGUUGUUGGGUUUUUUUUGUGUGUUAUGUUUUUUUAAGAAAGGUUUAGCCUCCUACAGUAGCCUCCCACUAACACUCUGUUUGCAUGAAUACGUGCCAGUGAAUCACAGCUCUAAGCCCAUGUGGUGUUUUGAUGUUGUGAGCGUGUGCCAAAUUCAAUAAAACCCACAAUUCUGCGAUUAUUUGGGAACCCUUUGAUAUGAAUUUGCUCUGAAGGGACACUGGCUUCAGUUUAAAAUCCUCUUCGCUGCCGGAAAUGUAUAAAAUCGUGUUCGGAGUUAAAGAGAUGACGUGGAUUUAGAAUAUUCAUUUCUGCACCACGCCAGCCUACAAAGCAUUUAACUGAGGUAUUAACAUUCACUAUUCAAUUUAAAGUACUUAAAAAAGAAGAAGAUUUAAUUGCACUUUGUAUUUCUUUGUAUUUAUCAUUUGAGAUUUUCUCCUGGGUGAACUGCUUUGUUCCAAAGUGUGCGGUUUUAUUCUUCUAUUCUUUGUUUACAUGAUAUUGUGUGUAUCCUUUGUUUCUGAAUGCAUGGUACAGCUGAAGGCUAGUGUAGUUGUGUAUGUGACACUGCUGGUAUGAUGAAGCAGCUGAGUGACGGCAGAGAUUAUUAUUAUUAUUAUUGUUUUGUUUUGUUAUUUUUACAGAAAUUUUAAUUCUUUCUAAAUAUUCUGAAGAGAUUUCAGCACAUGCACAGAGAAUAAAUUCUUCUCAGAUGCAAUGCAACAACUGUGUUUGCUUCCUUUUUGGAGGUGCAUUUAUUUACUUUUGCCUGUCCCUUUAUUUUAUGUUCAAAUAGUAAUACGGGAGCAGAUGUGGGUUUUUUUGUUGGGUUUUUUUCCUCCUUCUCCCCCGUGCACACAGUUCUUAUAUGGCCCUCACAUCCCGCAUUUUCCCUCCGUCCUUGUCUUCCAUUCUGCUCCCACGUUACUGUCUGGGAUCCUCCUCCCCCCGAUACUGUGUCCUCUCCUCACUCAUGCAUUUUUGCUUUGGUUGAUAACUCACUCUGCCGAAAGCUUUCCGAAGCAGACAGCUCUUUGUAAUCUUGACUGAGGUAAGCUUGCGAACAGCAGUCACAGUGGCCGUCCCAUCAAGCUUGACAUGUCACAUGUAUGCACGCUUCAGUCAGAAGGCCAACGUGUGCUUUCAGUUCCUCCUUUGCUGUUUUACUUCAACCAAACGGUUCGAAUGAAUGCGUGAGUUCUGUCUGUAAUGUGAUGCAUGUGCCAUCUAUUUAUUUUUGAAGUGCAUGCCAGUCUUUUUGGACAGCAGCAUGAAAUGUUGGGCAUGUUUCUUUAAAAAACAAAUUGAAUAACAUGGAACCUAAAGCAUUUAGAGGACACUGUUAAAACUCAUCAGAAGUCAUGCUUUUAAAUUCUCAGUUAGCGUUAACUGUAACUUGUGGCCAUGAAGCAGUCUUUGCACCAGUACACUAGAAGAUGGCUGUAAAAUUCACUGUUUGCACUGCAUAAAUACAAGUCCCAAAGUUGAAACUAAUAUUAGGUUCAGCUGUUUGAGUUACCCAAAUGGAUCUUUGACUGUCACUAAAAAUACUCUGUCAAGACUCGGGUUUUUUUGUUUUUUGUUUUUUUACAUUUAAAACACAAAAUUCCAGAAAACUACAUUCAGUGGCAUGUACUUGAGUUUCUUAGCUAAGCAUAAAGACUAUAAACAGGGCACCUGCUAGCCUAACCCCGUAAGCACUCUAAAGCUCACAGAACUACAUGUUGCCCACUCAUCCAAGUACAUUUGCAUAAUGACUGAAUGGCGAACAAUGGGCAGUUGAGUUUUUUGAUCAUUAAUAUGCAAAUUUGUUAUCACCACUGAUCAAAAACCAUUGAUCAGUGGUCAUGAGUACCAUUCACAGAGAGUUGGGGAAUGGCUGCAAUCACAGCAUUGUAAGAUGGUAAGAGGUACCGUUAAGCCCCCUCCUCGAUUCAUAGAUAGUCUUUCCCUUUUCACGUAAAUUGCCUCCUUGACUCCUGACAGUGGUGGUUUCAGUCAUUGUGCAAAGGUACUGUUUUAUAAGGUCAGGUAAACCUGCAAUCAGCUGACAUUAAAGAAGUCACUUGGAUGAGUGACAAAGCGUUUCUCCCACUGAAAACGCUACGUCCAGAUUAACAGAAUCAACUUGUAAGGAUUUCCUUACCUGGAUGAUUGAGCAUGCAUCCAGAUGAGUACAUGUUGCUUUAUGUUAAUAUCUUGGAACACAGUCCUUCUAAAAUAACUUCUUACAUUAGUUCUAGAAGUAUCUGUCAGCGUUACUUUUUGCCAUUAUACAUUAGAAAUCAGAACUGUUGGCCAUCUUGAAAUGAACCCUAAAACUAACAAACUGGAGGGAAAAACAAUCCUAUCCCACCUUCUCAAAGUUCAGGGUGACCUCUUCAAAUGCCUUCUGUUUGGACAGCAGUUGUGAACCCCAAAUAUUGAGUCUACUUUAAUGAAUGCCAAACAUUUUUGAAGCUGGAGCGUGCCUACUAUCAGUCAACACCCACACAUUGGACAUCAAAGCCAGAAUCGCAUCCAAAACUCAGACAUUGCGUAUUUAUCAAGCAGGGCUUUAAAGACUCCUUAAAAAUGACUGCUUUAGCACUUCUAGAGAGGCUGUCAUGUUUUGAGUGGGAGCCAGGUGAAAGCAUCAUUACUGUUACUGGUGUUGUAUUAUAAGCUGCUUCCUGCAUUAGCCUAAGCCUCAAGUUUGUGGUAGCUGGCACUUGGUUUGGAUUAGGAAGUAACAUUCAAAGGUCUGAGGAUAAAAAUAAACUGACAAAUGAUUACCAAGAGGGCAUCCACUGAAGCCUCAUUUACUUCAGCUGGACUUAAAUGUGCUUUGAGACAGCCAGCCAGUUCAAAUAUGUCUCUGGUGCUUUGUUGUAGGAACAAAGACCUGUAAAAGUAAUCACAUUCCCAUCAGCCUCGGCUGCAGUUCAGUUUAGGUGUUAAUUAGCAACCAUUAGAGCAGCUGGCUCCACUGCCAGUCCUGUUCUCUUUGCUUCCUGGCCAGUACACACAGAAUAAAUGGCAGCAAUGACAAGUAACUCUUUAAAUGAUUAAACCCUCAACCUGAAGACUUUUUUUUUUUUUAAAUAAGCUGGACAUGUUUAAGUGUCUGAGGGACUAGCACAAAAAAGCAAAACCAUCACAUAGUAACAUACUAUCACCAUUUUUGUGUUGUGGAUGUCAUUGAUGGUGCAUGCAGGUGAUCCCAUGCAGUGCUUUUUUUUUUUUUGCUUUGUUUGUCUCUCUGCUCCUUCACCUCAGAACC